GUGAACCACAAUGACCAUGAAGAAUUUCUUAGACGUUCAUUAACACCCUGGAUUUCAAAAUAUGAGUAGUCAUAACUGCGCAGCAUCACAUUCUCACCCCAUAUAGAGUAUAAUUCGUGUUGGAGACGACUUAGUUGAUAGAAGGUAUAUUGGUAACGCUAGCUACUAACGUUCGCAAACAAUGGCUAACUGUAUGGUGUUUCACACUCAAAUAGCCUCCAUCAUGGAGGUGCUAGCGAAUGCAGCCGUUGCAGAAAUCUGUAAACUCGUAGACGACGACUAUGCAGUGUUUCGUUUGGAAAUAACCCAAAGCCAGAAAGAAAACAGGACAUUACGGAGGAAACUACUGGAACUAAAGGUGGCACGGGAGCGCGCAGAGAGGACAAUGCCAGAACGCGUCCUCGCCAGUCGUCCCAGUAGUGUCAAGAUCCUCGACCGAUACAGAGGAAUGGCAAGAGGUGAAGGACAUCGCACUGGAGGCUACAGAAGCUUUGUUAAGCCAGUGGGACACAAUACAUGGAGAGAUGACCAACCAAUCACUGAUGAUGAGGAGAGUGGAACCUCAACCCAGCACAUUAUCAUGAUAGAGUCUGCAGAGGCUGCAGGUCCUGUGGUCAAGCUGGAGCAGUCUGAAGGAGAGGAGGACCCACGACACAGCACAGACAUCCAGACUGGAGCGGCUGGAGCGCCCCCUGUAGCUACGGAUGACCCCACCACUGCCCCAGCACAGCCCAGGACCCGACACAGCAUCACGGAGGAGAAGGAGGAGGGUCCAGAUGUGCUGCUGGUGAAGGAGGAGGGCCUGGGGAACCCUGAGGAGACCAUGGUCAUGGAGGACAACCAGACAACUCCUCCUGAACCCAAAGAGGAACCAGCUGAGCUGUACAGGACCACACACAAUCUCACUGAGUCAGUAGACAUGGAGGAUGGGAAGCCUGAUCUGCUGCUAGUCAAAGAGGAGACAAUAGAGGACAGACCAGAGAGCAUUGAUCUGCUGAGUGCACUAAAGAUUGGGGAGCAAGGUGGUUGGCUGGAGGCUAACAGAGGAGACUGGACAACAAUUUUGGAUUCCCAGACCCAGACUGGUGCAGCCAAGAGCCCAGGGGACAACGUCACUGAGCAGGCCAGGACCAGAAGCGACAUAGUGGAGGUCAGUGGUUGGGACAGCAUCCUCAACUCUGGGCUGGGGAACAACACUGUUAACCACAACCAUAAACAGACAGUCGAACACAAAACAAUCACCGAACUUGACAACAGUGCGAGGUGUAGAUUUGGUCCACGGGGACUGGUAGGUAUCCAUAUGCGGCAGGAGAGAACACAGACAGACUCUGCAAACGAUGCUCCGUCCUGCUCCUAUAGUUGUGAUUCAGAGAGACUGAUGGCGCCUCAGGUUGACCUCCUAACGGGUGCUUCCUUCAGCAUACCUUCUAUAGGAUCUAUCAACUGGAACAUGGAAUCUGCGACAACACAGACCCUCCCUGGCCUUCGUCCUCCUCACACUCUCCUAAUGUUAAACCAGACCUCAGACAAAGCCAGUGCUUCAACACUAAAUGGCUACACAAGCCCAUUGACAAAUGAAAGUAGUAGUGAUGCUAUCAGUAGGUCCGGUGGCAAAGAGAAGCUCUUCCCAUGUUCGUUCUGUGGGAAAGCCUUCAGUUUCUGCAAACAGGUGAUCCAUCAGAGGGUGCACACGGGGGAGAAACCAUUCGGCUGCCACCUGUGCCAGGCCAGUUUUUCACAAUCGUCCAGCCUGAACAGGCACCAGAGAGUCCACACGGGGGAGAAAUCCUACAGCUGCCCCCAAUGUGAGAAGAGAUUCUCCCGCCAGCACCAGCUGAAGAUGCACCUCAAGGUCCACACGGGAGAAAGGCCAUUCGCCUGUACUCAGUGUGGGAAGAGGUUCUCGGAGAGGAGAUACCUCAAGAUGCACCAGCAGAAAAAACAUUCCACUAUAACAUAGAAAGUAACCAUUCCACUUGAUAGCUUCUGACGUUUAGAUCAAACCCUGCAUUACAGGUAGACGCAGCAAGAUGACAUAGAUGCAGCCAGUAAACAGUAGUUGUGGGUCAAUCGUUGAAGUGCAAGGCCCAUACAUUGUGUGAUAUAUAAGGCAUGUAAUACAAUAUUGUGUUACAGCCUGAAUUUAAGAUGUAUUUAAUUUAUAUUUUUUUGUCACUCGCCUACACAAUACCCCGUAAUGUCAAAGUGGAAUUAUGUUCUUCAAAAGUUUUACAAAUGAAAAGCUGAAAUAUCUUGAGUCAAAAAGUAUUCAAACCCUUUGUUAUGACAAGAUUAAAUAAAUUCAGAAGUACAAAUGUGCUUAACAAGUCACAUAAUAAGUUGCAUAGACUCUGUGUGCAAUAAUAGUGUUUAACUUGAUUUGUGAAUGACUACCUCAUCGCUGUACCCCACACAUACAAUUAUCUGUAAGGUCCCUUAAUCAAGAAGUGAAUUUCAGACACAGAUUAAACCACAAAGACAAGGGAGGUUUUUCAAUGCCUCACAAAGAAGGGCCCCUAUUGGUAGAUGGGUAAAAAUGAAAAAAGCAGACAUUGAAUAUCCCUUUCAUUACACUUUGGAUGGUGUAUCAAUACAUCCAGUCACAACAAAGAUACAGACGGCCUUCCUAACUCAGUUGCUGGAGAGGAAGGAAACCACUCAGGGAUUUAAAACGGUUACAGAGUUUAAUGGCUGUGAUAGGAGAACACUGAUACAACAACAUUGUAGUUACUUCACAAUACUAACCUAAUUGACAGAGUGAAAAGAAGGAAGCCUGUACAGAAUAAACAUAUUCCAAAACAUGCAUAAUGUUUGCAACAAGGCACUAAAGUAAUACUGCAAGAAAUGUGGCAAAGCAAUUCACUUUUUGUCCUGAAUACCAGUGGUGGAAAAAGUUUCCAAUUGUUAUACUUGAAUAAACUAUAGAUACCUUAAUAGAAAGUUACUCAAGUAAAAUACUACUUGAGUAAAAGUAUUUGGUUCUAAAUAUACUUACCUAUCAAAAGUAAAUGUGUAAAUCAUUCCUUAUAUUCCUUAUAUUAUUCCUUAUAUUAAGCAAAGCACACAGCACCAUUUCCCUGAUUUUGAAAAUGUAUGAAUAGCCAGGGGCAAACUUCAACAUGAUUUAUUAACGAUGCAUUUGCCUUCAGUGAGUCCGCCAGAUCAGAGGCAGUAGGGAUGACCAUGUAUUAUCUUGAUAAGUGUGUGAAUUGGACCAUCUUCAUGUCCUGCUCAUCAUUUAAAACAUAACGAUUACUUUUGGGUGUCAAGGAAAAUGUAGGGAGUAAAAAGUACAUGAUUUUCUUUACGAAUGUAGUGAAGUAAAUGUAAAAGUUGUCAAAAAUAUAAAUAGUAAAGUACAAAUACCCCCCAAAACUGCUUAAGUAGUACUUCAAACUAUUUCUACUUAUUAAGUACUUUACGCUACUGCUGAAUACAAAGUGUUAUGUUUGGGGUGAUGGGGUUCACCUUGGGGUCAUGAUAGGGGCUGCACCAAAUGAUUGAUGUAUUAUAAUAAUUGAUUAUGCUUAUGUUGUAUUAAUAGAAGGGGAGGGCUAUAAGACCCCUCCACUACACAUGUAGGGUCUUGGAAUACAGAUUAGCAAUAUAUAUGCAUUAUAAGGUUUAAUAUUGUUCCACGGUUCUUUUCUAGUCUCUGCUUCUUAUAAGAAGCUGUCUGAGAGAUGUGUGAGUUAUUGCAGUCAAAACAGGGUGUCUGUGAGAAAGCGCCUCAAGACUAAAAGAGAUUCAUAGACACAGAACCCUGCAGGGUAGUGAAUGGGAUAAGACUAGUCAGACAUACCACUAUAAAGCAACUGGAGGAGUGGACAAUUACUGCUGAGCCCUUAGAAAACACUGGAACUAUUGUCUCUCCUGCAGGUUUGUAUAACUGUGUAUGCAUGGGCUUGGUCUCAUGAGUUGAAGGUGUUGACGUAGGCAGUUACAUCACGAGAGGUUGACUGUAAGAGUAUUAAAGCAACUUGGACCCUUUCCUAUUUUGCAGAACUUACUCGGAAACAUGCAUGCUAUGUUCCCGUUGUCAACUUCUGUCUGCAAUUGCAUUAAUAAAGGUUUUUGAUUGAUUUACUUAAAGAUACUGUCUGAUUGCUAAUUUCACCAAUAAGCAAAUAAUUGACAAGGAACCUACCCCAACAUUGGUUGGAGGAGAUUCUACACCAUGGUGCCGGAGCUCCAAAAUAAACAAGGUAAGCAGACAUCUGUUUAAUCUAAGUCUGUAAUUAAUUGGCAUUCACUGGUGUGGUUUCCCUCUAACAAGUAAGUGGCACCUCACUCACUCUAAAAUAUAUACAUACACUUUGAAUAUGACGUAGUCGAAUUCUAGAUUGGAGAAAUUACAUAACGGGCUAUUGGUGAAAUGCGUGAUGUCAAUAUAUGAUGAAUAAAAUUAAUGAUUGAUGAUUUUAAUUUUUAGUUCGGGUGGUAAUGCAGCGACCAUUACUGAAUAAUAGUUAUUUUAUUUUGGAGAGGUGGUUCAGUGACAAUUACCCAAUACUAGUUAUUUUGGUUUUGAAGAGGUGGUUCAGCGAUCAUCAUCUAUUUUAUUUUAUUUCGGGUAGUAAUGCAGCGACCAUUACUGAAUAUAAGUUAUUUUUUAUUUUGUAGAGGUAAUUCAGCGACAAUUACCCAGGCCACCUUGACCUAUGGGAGGGUGGUUUAUUUUUUAUUUUUGUAGAGGUAAUUCUAUGUGAAAUUUACCCAGUGAAUGUUGAGUUGUUUAUGAAUAGUGCGUUGUAUGUUUCAUUUGUUUGUUUGUCUGUGGAUUAUGGCGGGGUUUUUGGGUAAUAAAAGGUCAUUUGAAUAAAAGGCUGAACAUAUUUGUUAGUGACACUUUCUUACCAUAUGACAGUAUAAAAACCCCUUAGUAUAUCAAUAAAAAUAUUACAUGGAAGUCCUGAAGAUAUUUUCAUUGAAAAUAACUUUGUGACGCUAUCACUAGGGAGCACUGGUGUAUAACAUAUUACUGUUACGCUACACCCUUAAGAUAGACUUUAAUUUCUAAUAUUAUAUCCUGCGGUUGUCUCUGUGAGGCCCGUGUGUGAAAUAUAUUUGAGUUUAGUAGAACCAUUUACUAUAGCCUGGAUUAAGUGAAAGUAGAAUUAGGAUUACAGUAUCAUCCACUGUUGUUUAACACAUACUGCAAGGAGAUAGAGAAGAAUUUAUAUAGGCAUAUGUCUACAUAUUACACCCACUUUAGGAUAACCCUAUAGAAAUUGGGAAAACACAUUACAUGCAGACUAUCUAAAUAAAAAGCAGGAGCACCAUGGCACAGUCAAACCAGAAUGAGGAGAUGGGAGCAAUGAAGCCUGUCACGCCUGUUGAAUAUAUGCAAAAGGAAGUUUCCCGCUGUGGAAUUUACAUUCACUUUUAACCUCUCUAGGGGGUGUGGGAUGCUAUCGUCCCACCUGGCCAACAUCCAGUGAAAUUGCAGAGCUCCAAAUUUCAAAAACAGUAAUACUCAUUAUAAAAAUUAAUGUAACAUACAAGUGUUAUACAUCGGUUUAAAGAUGGACUUCUUGUUAAUCCAACCAAGGUGUCAGAUUUAAAAAAAACUUUAUGGUGAAAGCAAACCAUGCGAUUAUCUGAGAACAGCACCCAGCAGACAAUUCAUUACAAACAGUAACCAGCCAAGUAGACGAGUAACAAAACUCAGAAAUGGCGAUAAAAUUAAUCACUUACCUUUGAUCUUCAUAUGGUUACACUCACAAAACUUCCAGUUACCCAAUACAUGUCAAACAAUGUUUAUAAUAAAUCCUCAGGUUGUUUUUGUCAAAAAUAAUCCAUCAUAUUUCAACCGGACAAAAGCUUCGUCAAUAGAAAAGGAGCAACAAGAAAGGUGCGCUCCCAGUCACACGCUGGACUCAUGUCUCGAAAUUUCCACUGUCCUCUCAUUUAAAGUGCUGUUUCUCUCUCAUUUUUCAGUGUAAAAGCCUGAAACAAUGCCUAAAGACUGGCCACAUGUAGUGGAAGCCAUAGAUAUCGUGAACUAGGUUAUAAGUCUUUGUAUGGUGGAUAGGCUUUCAAUGGAAAAACAGGCAUUUCAAAAUAAUAGCACUUCCUGGAUGGAUUUUCCUCAGGUUUUCGCCUGCCAUAUCAGUUCUGUUAUACUCGCAGACAUUAUUUUAACAGUUUUGGAAACGUUAGUGUUUUCUAUCCAAAUCUACCAAUUAUAUGCAUAUCCUAGCUUCUGGACCUGAGUAGCAGGCAGUUUACUUUGGGCAUGCUUUUCAUCCAAAAUUCCGAAUGCUGCCCCCUAACCCUAAUGAGAUUAAGAAAUGGCAUGUCGGAACAGAGAUGGCAGGAGAAAAUAGAUAUCCAAUGGAUGGUUCAUUCAACAAGACUAGGUUGGAUUUAGUCAAGGAGAUAAUUCAGACAAGAAAAAUUGACAAAACGAAGGGGAAGAAGAAAAGUCCUCUUGUAUCAGAAACUGUGAUAGGAAUGAUGAUGCUGGAAGGACAGAUCUUCAUGAACAAGGCUACCGUGACCAAACUAAAGCUGGAGAGAACAAUUAGAGUGCGGGAGGGAAAGAAAUGAGUCUUGACAGAGGCAGAACAGGAGUACUCCCCACCUCCCUGCGCCGUGUGAAUAUCAACCCAAAGGACCCCCGGGUGACUAUACACAGAUCUACCCUCUCAUACCACUGACAGAAGAAAAUGGAGAAGCAACCGCAAUUAUCCUCAAGGGGACUCUGAUGAGGGAGGUGGAUGACACAACAGCAGCAACAAAGCGGCAUGAGAACAACAGUUCCUGGAGAGAAUUUCCCUCGACACCCCAACUCACUCCACAAAAAGGAACAGACUGGAAGACCCUAGACAUAUGGCCGCCUGUAUAAAACAAACUAACUACUGUAAUAUUAAUGUGUAAACAUACUGAAUUAUAAUUGGAUGCAUUUUACCACCGUAUCAUAGUGUGCUAUGAUUGGUUAAGACCAACCAGAUGGUUAGGUCAUGGCAGUUGAUCAUGGUUGGAGAUACGUGAACAUGCAAGUUAUAGCUAGCUAAUAAAGAGCUACGUUAAGAAAUAUCCUGUAGGACUGCAUUUUAUUAUUUUGUACAAAGCGUGCAAAACAAGACAACUACUAAAGAAGUUCAAGAAAAGUACAGUACAGAGAAAGGGAAGAAAGAAAGAAGAUAAAUACAAUAAGUUGUAUACAUUUCGAGAAGAGAAAGAGAGAGUUGAAGAUCUGCAGAUGCUAAUUGCUGAUAAGAUUAAAGAGACAAUGGACAUAGAUGAUGAGGACGAAAGUAAAAAGCGAAAAGAGUAGGUGGGCCCGACAGAGCCCCUCGUGACUGGAACAACACUCAAUGUUGGACCUGUGGGCAGUUGGGGCAUGUGAGUUCGCAGUGUGGGGGAAAUGAAAGAGGAAGAGGUUACAACAGGGGCAGAGUAAACUUUGAGCCUGAAAGAGGAAACUUUGCUAAUGACAUAGGACAGCCAUAGCCAAUGUGAGAUCAGAACACCGCAACAGUUCUUAUUUCCCUCAGAAUCAACAAUGAAGGCGCCCGACUCACCUGCUCCAGUGUCCCCAGUAUGAAUUCAAUGAUGGAAGAGCCAAUGGUUACUCUUAAUGUUAAUAAUGGAUAUGACCUACUAUUUCUAAUAGACACUAGAGCUCACUGUUCCUGUUUAGGUAAACCUGGACAAGUUGUUGGGGCUUCCCUGAGCAAAUCAUCAGUAACAAUAACAGGGACAUUGGGACAGCUCGGGAAUGUGUACUGGACAAAGACUUGUUUGAUGAACCUCUGCUUGACUCUGACAUGGUGCUGUUCGUUGAUGGUUCUGCUUACAUAGAUCAAAGCACAGGGAAGAAACAUGUAGGAUUUGCUGUAGUAGAUGUGGAAGGUGAUAUUGAGGUUAUACAGCCCCUAUCAGAACAUUUAUCCACGCACCAGGCAGAUUUAUUAGCUCUGAACACAGCUGGUGAAUUAGGGGAAAGGAAGGUCCUUACUGUCUACUCAGACUCAGCAUAUGCUAUUGGGGUUUGUCUGUCCUGGUGUGGGAUUUGGAGAGCAGGAGGGUAUACUUAUACCACAGGCACACUGAUUAAAAACAGACCUUUUGUUGAACAGUUGAUUGAAACUAUGUGAAAACCUAACAAAUUGGCUAUUGUUAAGGUUGAGGAGUGAUUAUGUUAGUAUUGGUAACAGCAUAGCUAAUGAGGCGGCCAAAUUGGCUGCUUCCCGCUGUCUCACACACGCAUUCUAUUUUUAGUCGUUUGUGUCAUCUGAAGCUACUGAUCUUGAGAAACAGCAGCAGGCUGAUAUUCUUAAUCACCAUGUGUGGAGGGAGAGAGGGUGUGCUCUCUGUCCUAGGUCUGGCUUAUGGCUACAUCUUUUGUCUGGCAUGCCCUGUUUACCAUCAACCAUGAUCUCUACUAUUUGCUGAUUGGCUCAUGGAGUGAGCCAUUCAUCAAGGGGGGAUAUGGAGGAGAAGAUUUAGGAGGAGAAGAUUUCAGAUAUGGAGGAGGAGAAGAUUUCGGCCCAAUGGUUUUGUCAAAAUUUGAAUCUGCACGUAAAAAACAGUUCAUUUAUCGUUGCACGACAUGUUUGUUAUAUAACAUAGACAAGGGAACUCCACUGCAACCAGGGAAGUUCUCCACUCCAAAAGGACCAUUUGUCCACCUUGCUAUGGAUUUCAUAGACAUUGUAGAGCGAAAAGAAAGAAAUAGAUACUGCCUGGUGAUAAUUGACAGGUUCACCAGGUGGGUGGAAGCAUUUCCCACCACCAACUGCGAUGCGUGAACAGUUGCAAAAUUGCUAGUCAGGGAAAUUAUACUCCGGUUCGGCGUGCCUGAGGUUUUGUCUGCAGACAAUUGGACCCAUCUCAUAGGAGAUAUGGUUGCCCAAGUGGCCAAAAUGAUAGCUGUUGACCAGAAGUUUGUGUCCAUCUAUCACUCGCGGAGUAACGGGAGUUACUGAGGGCUAAUUAGACCCUGAAAGGCUCCCUUGCCAAACAGCCAUUCAGGUGAUGAAUGACAUGGGUAGAGGGAUUGCACAUUGUCCUCAUGAAAAUGCACAGCAGCCUUAACAAAGGUGUUGAGUGUACACCUUACGAGAUGUUAACAAGAUGACCCAUGAACACACCAGGUGUGCGAGACCUAUGACUGACUGACAGACAACUGAGGCACAGUGUGAUCACAUUGAGUACAUGAAAGAACUAACUUCUAUUGUCAGUUUUCUCCACUCUCACACUAUGAAAGCAGCAGAACCAAUCACAGGUGAGGAUCCAGAUGCUCUGAUCAUCUCCGUAGGAAACUGGGUGAAAAAAGAAAAUGGAACCAGCCAAGAUGGAUGGGACCCUUCCAGGUGACCAUGGCAACACCAACUGCAAUCCGGGUAGCGGAGAGGUCUGGCUGGCAUCAUAUCUCCCAAGCUGGAUGCCAUUGAUGAGCGACUAGAGGGAGGGAGAGCAGGGCCCCGAGAAUGGUACAUUUCUGGUUUCUCUUAAUCCUAUUGUCUAUCUCUUCUCAGGUGGAAUGGGAGUAUAGACAGACUCACCCAACCAGCAUUCCAGGAACCUCAGGAGUAGUUUCCUCCCUGUAGCAGGCCAUCCCUGGGAUCAAAUGGAUCUGGGGGAUUUGCCUAAUCUGUUUGAUUUGAGAGGAGAAUAUUAUGAUUGAAGCUGUGAGACUAAUUAGUCUCAAAAGGGGGAAAUUAUGGGGUUCACCUUGGGGUCAUGAUAGGGGCUGCACCAAAUGAUUGAUGUAUUAUAAUAAUUGAUUAUGUUGUAUCAAUAGAAGGGAAAGGCUAUACGACCCCUCCCCCACUACAUUUAUAGGGUCUUGGAAUACAGAUUAGCAAUAUAUAUGCAUUAUAAGGUUUAAUAUUGUUCCACGGUUCUUUUCUAGUCUCUGCUUCUUAUAAGAAACAGUCUGACAGAUGUGUGAGUUAUUGCAGUCAAAACAGGGUGUCUGUGAGAAAGCGCCUCAAGACUAAAAGAGAUUCAUAAAUGCAGAACCCUUCAGGGUAGUGAAUGGGAUAAGAGACUAGUCAGACAUACCACUAUAAAGCAACUGGAGGAGUGGACAAUUACUGCUGAGCCCUUAGAAAACACUGGAACUAUUGUCUCUCCUGCAGGUUUGUAUAACUGUAUAUGCAUGGGCUUGGUCUCAUGAGUAGAAGGUGUUGACGUAGGCAGUUACAUCACUAGGGGUUGACUGUGAGAGUAUUAAAGCAACUUGGACCCUUUCCUAUUUUGCAGAACUUUUUCGGAAACAUGUGUGCUAUGUUCCCGUUGUCAACUUCUGUCUGCAAUUGCAUUAAUAAAGGUUUUUGAUGGAUUUACUUAAA